AUGAUUUUUUCGCAGUAUGUAACAAGUUUAGAUACCUCGGAAAUCGUCCUGGACAUAAGUCGUACACGAGACGGCUUGUACGAUUUCAUCGCUUUUCUGGCCCCAACAACCGGGAUUCAUCUGAUCGACUUUUGGCUAGACUGUGAAGCGGUACGAAUGCACUCGGACAAUCAACCGAGAGACAGGAAAAUCAGAGCCAAAUUUGAAUUACUACGAGAACUGGAAGAUCGUUACGCGCUUCGAUUGCGACCGAAAUCUCGUCGUCAUGUGAUGACUGCAAUCCAAACUCUGUCACUCUACCUGAUCCCAUCUCAGACGAGCACAAAUCGUGAUUUGGCCGAGAAACUGGGCGAGGCAAUGUUCGAUCGAAUCCAUUAUGACACACUACGUCAGUUACGAGCCUACUGGUUACCGUGUUGGUUAUUGCAUUGGGAAACCCGUGUGGCACAAUGUCAAUUCCUCCCCACCUCAUUGGGCGGUUCUGCACUUUUCUACGUGGCUUCACAUCCGUCUGCUUUGACCGAGCAAAGAUGGUCACCGGAUACGGAAAGCGAACCGGAUUCUAAACGCACUUACGUGAACUCGCGAUGGUCUGGCCCACUGGAUGAGGAGCUGUUCGAAAAGAAUAUGGCGUAUGAGGCCGCGGGUAGCGACCGAGAGGAGCAAGAGGACGAGGAGGAGAAGGAAGAAGAACAGGAACAGGAACUGGACGAAGAGGAUGAGGAAGUCUGUGCAGGUGAGCGUAGAUGGAUCGAGGAAGUUCGUGAUCGGGCACUGAGUCGUGCAUUACAAACCAGACGGGGUAAACUGAUUGAGAUGGAACGCAAUCACCUGUUGGUCAAGUCGGCUCAGGCUCUACGUCUUCAACGUCCACCACCGUCAACUUUGGCGUCGAACAACAGUGAUCGCACUAGGUAUAGCCAAAUAAUUCAGAUCGCAAACGAGACGGGCCAUCCGACGGAGUCGUCAAUUCUAUCUAGGAUUGACACCAAUCGGGAUUGGUUAACCAGUCUACAAUUGGCAUGGUCAAUUCCUUGCAAACCGGAAAUGGUCCUCGGUUUGACCAAACUUCCCGGAUUCACAUGGGAAGCUUUACGUAGAAAUUCCAUCCCGGGAAACGUCUCAUCUCAGUCGAGUAGACCUAGUGUGUCUGAGUUAAAAUUACCGGAUGCAUCGUCGGUUUCCAUUGUUCCGCUGACAGAAGCUUUGGGUUUGGUCGAUUCGAAUACAACAAUCUUAUCUAGUCCAGAAGGGAAACACUGGAACUCCAAAUCCACUCCAAUUGCAUCAAAGACAGUUCGGGGUCUGUGUUCGACGGGAUCGGAUCAGAAAUCGGGCAAUUGUCGCGAUCCGUUACAGGCCCAAAUGCACACGGCUUUGGUGUCAGAUGCUGCAGCCGGUGGACCGUUUCAAGUGUAUCUGGAAUCGUAA